CAGCAAGCUUUGAAUUCUAUCAUGCAGGAUUUGGCUGUGCUUCAUAAGGCCAGCCGUCCUGUAUUGCCCCAGCAAGAAACAGGAAAACCAAAGUCAUCUUCGCCUAAAAAACAGAAUGAUGUUAGAGUCAAAUUUGAACAUCGAGGUGAAAAAAGGAUCCUGCAAUUACCAAGGCCUGUUAAACUUGAAGAUCUUGCAGCUAAAGCUAAAGUUGCUUUUGGACAGACUAUGGACUUACAUUACAGCAAUAAUGAGCUUGUAAUUCCAUUAACCACACAGGAUGACCUGGACAAAGCUGUUGAACUGCUUGACCGUAGUGUUCAUAUGAAAAGUCUCAAGAUAUUACUUGUAAUACAUGGAAAUACACAGUCACCCAGUGUAAAUAACGUGGAACCCUUGCCCUCACUGGAAGAUUUAGAUAACACAGUAUUUGGUGUGACAGACAGAAAAAGGCGGCUGUCUGUAAUAGGUUCUAAUACUCGUGAUAGGAGUUCGCCUCCUCCAGGAUACAUUCCAGAUGAGCUGCAUCAGGUGGCCCGAAAUGGGUCCUUCACCAGUAUCAACAGUGAGGGUGAAUUCAUUCCAGAAAGUAUGGAUCAGAUGCUGGAUCCAUUGUCUUUGAGCAGUCCUGAAAACUCUGGCUCGGGAAGCUGUCCCUCACUUGACAGCCCUUUAGAUGGAGACAACUAUCCCAAAUCUCGGAUGCCAAGAGCACAGAGUUAUCCAGAUAAUCAUCAGGAAUUCUCAGUAGAGUAUGAUAUCCCAAUAUUUGAGAAAUUUGGAAAGGGGGGGACUUACCCCCGAAGAUACCAUAUUUCAUGUCAUCAACAAGACUACAAUGACGGUCGUAAAACUUUUCCAAGAGCCAGAAGGACUCAGGGGAACAGUUUCCGAUCACCAGUUAGUUUCAGUCCCACUGAUCACUCGCUGAGCACCAGUAGCGGAAGCAGCGUCUUUACGCCAGAAUAUGAAGAUAACCGAAUGAGGAGAAGGGGAAGUGACAUAGACAAUCCUACCUUGUCAGUCAUGGACAUCAGCCCACCCAGUCGCUCACCACGAGCUCCAACUAACUGGAGACUUGGUAAACUGCUGGGUCAAGGUGCAUUUGGCAGAGUAUAUCUGUGUUAUGAUGCUGAUACCGGAAGAGAACUGGCUGUUAAACAAGUCCAGUUUGAUCCUGAUAGUCCAGAAACCAGCAAGGAAGUAAAUGCACUUGAAUGUGAGAUUCAGUUGCUGAAAAAUCUGCUGCAUGAAAGAAUUGUUCAGUAUUACGGCUUCUUGAGAGAUCCACCAGAAAGGACACUCUCUAUAUUCAUGGAAUAUAUGCCCGGGGUAAGCAAGAGAGCCA